AUGGCGGAGGCGUCAGAGGAGACGCCGCUGUUGGCCAAAAAGCCUGAUGGAGAGGAGGAAAAUUUCGACUCCAUGAACUAUGACGCUCGCAAAUUGGUGACCUUUGACGUGUUUCGGAAUUUCAGCGGGACAGUGUGGACGAAGCCAUCUUUGUGGAAGAUGAUGGGCAUCUUGCUGCUGAUCGCAUUGUGUGGUGCAUCGACUGUUGCCCUCGUGGUGAGUGAUCCGGCCAAACUGAAUGUGGGCCGCUUCCAACGCAUCAGCACUUUCUUGGAGGUGGUUGUAGGCCUGCUCCUCGGCUUCUUCCUCUCAAGCUCCGUGCAACGAUGGUACAACUGCACGAACGGCUUCCUGGAGCUAUUUGAUGCCAUUCGCUCACUCCACAUGCAGCUGAACGCGCUGGGUGUUCCGAAAGAGCGGGUUCGCCUGUGUCUGCGGUACUGUGUGGUCUCUGCCCAUUGCCUGGACAACGACCUCAUUGCCGCUGCGAUGUCGCCGGAGGACCGUGCUGCCUUCCUCCAGAACCAGUGGGAAACCAUAGCGACAGAUGCCGAGGAUGGGAGUGUCUUUACGGACAAGUCCAAGAGCUUCGCAACUCUACUUGCCAACGAGCGCGAGAUCCUUGCAAAGAUCGAUGACCCAGCACAGACGCUGUGGGUAUGGGUCACAUCGCUGCUCACCAGGAUGUCAGCAGAUGGGGAGAUACCUCCGAUUCCCACGCCCACCUAUGGCCGCAUCAUAACUAUCGCUGAGCAAGCCUACGGCGGCAUUCGUACAGUUCGG